GAAUUUAUUAGAAGAUAUGAUCGAGAAAAAAAAAGAGGUGAUUGGCAGCAAUUUGUCUGUGAGAAACUUAGAGGAAGUUCAAGGAGAUGAACGAGACAUUAUUAUAUUCUCGAUUGGCUAUGGUCCUAAUGAAGAAGGAAAGUUUAUCCACAAUUUUGGUCCACUUAAUCGAGAGGGAGGAGAGAAAAGGUUAAAUGUAGCGAUUACGCGGGCCCGAGAAAAAGUGAUAGUGGUAACCAGCAUUUUGCCUUCGCAGUUAAAUAUCAGUAAUGCUAAACACUUAGGUUCGAAAUUCCUCAAACUAUAUUUAGAAUAUGCUUGGGCUUGCCAAGAAAGAAAUGAUAAUGAAAUCGAAAGAUUGAAUAAUGAAAUAGUGAAAUUAGGUGGCUUUAAUCUCCAAGAAAGCAAAAAAAAAUACUCUAUUAAUUUACCUUUAGAGAAAGCGGUGUAUGACGAGUUAGUCAAAUUAGGUUAUGAGGUUGAAUUUCAGAGGGGUUCUAUUAGUCGCUGA